AUGUCCCCUCUCAAUGUACGAAUAAUAAGAUUCAUAGAUCUAAUUGCCAUUGAUGUCAAGGCCUGUCGGUGUUAUAGUAUCCCCCAGGUCCUUGUGCAUCAUGGCCUCUUUCCAGUUUCUCCCUCCCACCCUCGCACCGCUGUCUCCAUAGACCUCCUGGAGUUCUAUCAUGCGUUAUUCGAACGCUCUGCUGACGCGGUGACUGCACUGGCUGGCACCUUGCGCACUCACUAUGCGCGUCGCGGUUUCCAGACCCUCGACCAUAAGGUAAGUACCCUCCCUUAG